AAAGCAUUUAGUGUUUGAAAUGAUCCAAGCACUACACCCAAGACUCAGAGUAAGCGUGUUAAUAUUAAUCCAAACCUUAAUUUACAUUUUUUUUCCCUUCACAAUGAUAAGGCUUUUCAUACAAUAUAACACCAAUAUAUAAGGGGAUAGUGGGGUCACUAUGCCUAAACUCUCUGCCCAUUUUAAAAGCAUAUAAAGUGUUUGAAAUGAUCCAAGCACUACCCCCAAGUGUCCUCUCCUCCUCCUUCCUUCGAUUAUUCACAACUCUCGCUCCUUCAGAAUUCAAUUCCUCCCUCCAAAGGCUGCGAGCGCAACCCACACACCACCGACUAGAACAACUCAUACUCUCUUAUUUCUCCACUACAAACAAUGCCCAAUAUUCUUCACAGACAUACGCCACACUCUUCCACGCUUGCGCCCGUCUUCAUCGCCUUGAUAUUGGCCGAAAAAUCCUCCACCACCACCACUACACGCAUUCCCACGCACCUCAACAACUCUACGCUAUCAAUCAUCUUCUUAACAUGUUCGCAAAAUGUGGUGAUCUCGAAUGUGCGCGUCAACUGUUUGAUCAUACCCCCAAAAGAAACAUUGUUUCUUGGACUUGUCUUGUUUCGGGCUACGCUCAAUAUGGAAUGACUGAUCAAUGUUUUCGGUUGUUUUCUAAUAUGUUAGCUCAUAAUUAUAGACCUAAUGAUUUUGCUUAUGCUAGUGUUCUUUCUGUCUGUGAUAGUAGUUCAUCGCGUGGUAGGCAAGUGCAUGCACUUGUAGUCAAAACAGGUUUCGAUACAUGUGUUUAUGUGGGUAAUGCUUUGAUUGCAAUGUACUCGAGAAAUAGUUCGAUGGGUACUGGUCAUUGCUGUGAGGCGUGGAAGGUUUUCAAUGAUAUGGAAUUCCAUAAUCUUGUUUCGUGGAAUACAAUGAUAGCAUUAUUUCAAAUGUGUGGACAAGGCGAUAAGGCGAUGAGAUUUUUCUCCUUAAUGCAUCGUGAUAGUUUGGGGUUUGAUCGCGCCACUCUUGUCAGCGUACUUUCUUCUCUCUUAGGAGUGGAUGAAGUUGAUUUUUCAUGGUCUCUUCAAAGUUGCUUCCAAUUGCAUUGCGUUUGUGUGAAAACGGGGCUUAUACUAGAUGUUGGGAUUGUGACUGCUUUGGUGAAAGGUUAUUCUGUUCUUCGAGGAGAGGUUAGCGAUUGUUACAAAUUAUUUCUGGAAACAAAUGGAUGUCAAGAUCUCAUGUUGUGGACUGAAAUAAUUGUGGCGUUUUCGGAAAGAGAUCCUGAGAAAGCUAUUCUCCUUUUUCGUCAGUUGCUCCGAGAGGGAUUAAGCCUAGAUAGUUAUGCUUUUUCUAUUGCACUGAAAGCUUGUGCAGGACUCGUGACAGAUAGAAAUGCCUUGAUGGUGCACUGCAAAGUGAUUAGAUCUGGUUUUGUGGAUGCUGUAGUGCUUGGUAAUGCAUUGAUACAUGCAUAUGCAAGGUGUGGCUCGAUACCUCAGGCCAAUCAGGUUUUUGAGGAGAUGAUAUACAGAGAUAUAGUGACAUGGAAUUCAAUGUUGAAGGCCUAUGCAUGGCAUGGCAAAGCAAAUGAAGCAUUGGGACUUUUUGGUAAAAUGGAUGUGAAACCUGAUGCGGCCACUUUUGUUGCUUUGCUCUCAGCUUGCAGCCAUGCUGGAAUGGUGGAAGAAGGGAUUCAAAUUUUUGAUGCUAUGUUUGAAAAACAUGGUAUUGUUCCUCAACUCGAUCAUUAUGCAUGUAUAGUCGAUAUUGUUGGCCGAGCAGGUCAUAUUUUCCAGGCAGAGAAAAUAAUAAAAGAAAUGCCCAUGCAGCCAGAUUAUGUAGUGUGGAGUGCAUUUCUUGGAGCAUGCCGCAAACAUCGUGAAUCUGGGCUGGCCCAAAUAGCUGCAUCUUGGUUGAAGGAGUUAGAUCCAAAAAAUUCAUUAGGAUAUGUACUAAUGUCAAAUGUAUACUGCUCAGCUCAUAGCUUCGAUGAAGCAGGUCAUCUUAGGAAGCAAAUGAGAGGGCUUGGUGUUUCGAAGCAGCCUGGAUUGAGUUGGACAGAAGUUCGGGGUUUGGUGCAUGAGUUUGCUUCUGGAGGCCUGCAACAUCCAGACAGGACAGCUAUAUAUACUAAUCUGGAGGACUUUGUGAAAGAAUUGAAACGUAUUGGUUAUAUCCCUGAGACAACUUCAUCUUUACAUGACGUAGAAGAAGAACAAAAAGAAGAGCAAUUAUAUUAUCACAGUGAGAAGCUUGCACUGAUAUAUGCUUUACUAGAUUCCACCAAAGCUCCUUCCAGCUGUUGUGCCAUUAAGAUUAUAAAAAACAUCCGUAUUUGUAUUGAUUGCCACAACUUUAUGAAGUUAUCAUCAAAGCUAAUUGAGAGGGAGAUUGUUGUGAGAGAUUCAAACCGUUUCCAUCAUUUUAAGAAUGGAGCCUGCUCUUGCAUUGAUUAUUGGUAAACUCAAGCCGAUUACUGGUAAACUCAAGCCAACUAAUUUCUACCUGCUUCAAGUUCAGGAACCUUCUUUGGUGUUCAUCUUUCUCAUGCUAUCUAUCCAAGUGAAUCAUCAAAGAUUGUAUCACACUUAGAUUACACAAAAUUGAAAGAGGUUGGAUUAGGAGCAUCAAGGGUGAGUAUGGGCUUUCCUUUCUAUCACAGUGCAGUUAUGAAGAAAAAAGGUAGAAGAAUUGAAGAGGCACUACCACAAAAAUCACUUUUACCCUGGUCGGAGAGUGUUUUCUGAUGGAGCAGUAAAUUUCAAAGGUUCAGAAAUUGGAGCAGCAUUAGUAUCAGAUUUCUAAUGAUCAAAUAUUACCAGCAAAUAUUCAUUAGCCUAGAAAAGGUACCUUUUUGCCGACAAUCAUAUGAAAUUGCCACUAUAAAGAUCAGUAAUUGAGAGAAGAGUUUUACUUUUUCAUUUCACCCAAUCUUUUUUCACUCUAAAUAUUCCCUCCCUGGAUGAAAAGAAAAAAAAUGUUCCCCUGUCACUGCAUCAGAGACCUCCAUGUUCGUUCCACCCAUUCACUCCCUGGAUACUACGGAAAGACAAAGCCCAACAUCACAUGUUCCUGUUCAGUCUCGUUUUGAACAUUCUAUGACUCAAAUCAGGGCAAGAGAAUGGUGACUCGUAUCUUGUCAGGGAAAUCCAGUUGGAUGGCGACAUUGAUGCAACUGAAGCGUGGAAACCAUGGCAGUGUUCCAUCUUCUUUGCUUCUAAUGGCACUACCAUGAAUCAGAGCCUCAAUUUUCUGUUAUUGUUUUGGCUUGUCACUGCUUCCUUUGGACUUGGAUUCAUGCUCAUUUGUAGUCACACACUUAAAAGGUAAUUUUUCUUCUCAUUUUGGAUGGUUAGCUGAUUCAAUGACUGCAAUUUCAAUGUGUUUUUCUUUUGUAAAGUUCAGUUUUUCACCUACCCUAUAUAUGUAAUAUCUUGCUGCCUGAUUUGUUUUGGUUGAAUGCCUAUGCUCUGUUUUGUUGUACAACUUGUGUUUUAGGAACCA